CGCGCGCACCUCCGCCAUUCUGCUUUCAGUACCGACCGGAGCCUCCAGUCGAAUACUAAAAUCGACAGAAAUGUACCAAACCCGUGUUAACAGUGGCUUCUCGAAACGGAAUUGAUCGGUAGAAACAGGACCGUUGCGGUACAGGAUCGGAAACUAAGGGAUGUCGCCGCUUAUUAAACUGCUGCGGCGAUGGCGCCGGCAAGCCGCAGGGGAGGCGCCUGCCGAGGAGGAAGCGGGCGAAGAGGCAGGCGGAUCAACAGUAUCGCCCGGCACCGAAGCGCCCGUCCAGGCCACCACAGAGACGAUAGGCGAGAAAACAGCAGAGAUCGCUCACAAGCUCAACCUGGAGACGUGGCAACUGGUUGCCAUCCUCGUGGGAGUCGCGGUCGUUGUCCUCGGCAUAUGCUUCUGCUGCAUCAGACGAUGUUUCCGCAAGAGGCGAUCCAAAGAUGGCAAGAAGGGCAUGAAGGGCGUCGUCGACCUCAAAUCCGUCCAGCUCAUCGGCUCAGCUUACAAGGAGAAGGUUCAGCCGGACAUGGAGGAGCUCACCGAAAACGCCGAGGAGCCGGACGACGGCGACUCCAAGAAGGAAGAACAGAAACUAGGAAAGCUACUCUAUAAGCUCGAAUACGAUUUCAACAGCAACAGUCUCUCUGUGACUGUGAUCAAAGCAGAAGAUCUUCCAGCCCUGGACAUGGGAGGAACUUCUGAUCCCUACGUAAAGGUCUACCUACUCCCCGACAAGAAGAAGAAAUUCGAGACCAAGGUCCAUCGGAAAACUCUCAGUCCCGUUUUCAACGAAACGUUCGUCUUUAAGAGCGUUCCAUACGCCGACGCGAUGAACAAAACGCUAGUGUUCGCGAUCUUCGACUUCGAUCGGUUCUCCAAACACGACCAGAUCGGCGAGGUGAAGGUACCGCUGUGUCAGGUGGACUUGGCACAGACCAUUGAGGAAUGGCGCGAGCUGCAGAGCGUGGAAGGCGAAGGGGGGCAGGACAACAAGUUGGGAGACAUUUGUUUCUCCCUGCGAUACGUGCCUACGGCCGGCAAGCUCACGGUCGUCAUCCUCGAAGCCAAGAACCUAAAGAAAAUGGAUGUCGGCGGCCUAUCAGAUCCGUACGUAAAGAUAGCACUCAUGCAAAACGGCAAACGACUCAAGAAGAAGAAGACAAGCAUCAAGAAAUGCACACUGAAUCCCUAUUACAACGAGUCAUUUACUUUUGAAGUACCAUUCGAACAAAUACAGAAAGUGAAUCUAGUGGUAACGGUGGUGGAUUACGAUCGCAUCGGCACAUCGGAGCCCAUCGGCAAGGUGGUGCUGGGGUACAACGUGCAGGGCACAGAGCUGCGCCACUGGUCCGACAUGCUGGCCAGUCCGCGGCGCCCCAUCGCGCAAUGGCACACGCUCAAAGAUCCCGACGAUGGAGAGAAGAAGGACUAAGGUGCCUCAGGAUUUCAUCGGUUUACAUAACAGUGAUGAAGAUCUACGACAACUUCCGAGAGAAGAAGUACCAUCUAUGCCAUCUUACAAGAUCGAAGAGUAUUUUAGUUCGUACUAUAAAUUGAAAUAUUUUGCUAGUUUCAAACGUAUCCAGGAUAAUUUGAAGGGGAAAGUAUUUAUAUUAGAUACGUUAAUAUUUUUCGCUAUUGCGUCGGCGGCUAUAAAAUUGGCUGUAUAAUGUCGUUCCUUUGUUUACAAUAAUGGCUUAAGUAGGUGUUUACCUAUUGGUUAAGUACUUUCAACAACUUGUACCCACAUCUCUUUCAUAAGUUACCGGGCGGUAUUGGUACUUGAAAAAUCCUUGCAAAACAUUUCGAAAUAUAAAUACAUAUUUUACCUUGAAUUCCAUUGUAUCCUAGAAAAAUAACUGGAUGGACUGAGGAAUGAUGGCCGUACCGGAUGAAAGGGGAUUGAAAUAAGUCAUGACUUUUGCAGAUGUCAAAAAUUUGACUCUAGCUAACUAUAAACAUAAUAUGAAAUUGAGAUAGCAAAAUUUUCUUGAAAACGAACUAAAUCUCAAAUGUUUUAACAUUUCCGUUUUUACAUUUACUUAAAAUCCAAAAUGUGGAGCCCUUGACGAAAAUGUUCUUUCAUGUCGACGUAAAUAAUACUCGUAUAAGUAAAUUGUUGUGAAACCGGCGGGGAUAGAGUGCGGAGUAGGGAUCAUAGUUCGGUAGACCCCCUUGCUUCCACGAUAGCGUAUGAAUUUUGCAAAGCCGUUAAAAGCCCUUCUAAUGUAUUACGAUGCGUCCAGAUCUGGCGACUACGCCAUUCGCGAAUAUUCGUAAAAGGAUCCUUAACUGCUGCUACGCCAGCAGUGCAAAAGCGGCGAAUGGUAAGCGAGCGACGCAUUGGCCAGUUUUGGACGGUUCUUUACCAACUUAAAAAGCGGUAUGGAUAUAUAAUGAAUCCCUUUAUACCUACUACUUUUUAAAAUGGUGUAGUAGGUUUGUGAAUUAAGCCUAUUUGCACUAGCGUCUAUGUACACACUGUCAUCUCUCUCACUCGUAGAGAAAUCUUUUUAGGUGUGAAAGAGAUAAAUGUGAUAAACGCUAGUACUAGGCAUGGGAGUUUGGGCUUUCGUGUGACAUAGUUUUAAGUGGAAAGAUUCACUUGAAUUGCCUAUUUGUAUAUUUAUUUAUGUAAAACGCUGGGUUGUGGGACAAUAGACCUAAAUUCUACUGUUAUGUGUUUGUUACGUAAAUUAAUUGCUAUAAGUAGUUACUUACCAAGAAACAUUUCCUGAAAAGCUGACACUUACCUGUAAGAAAAUUAACAGGUAGCUCUAAACAAAUGUACAUAAUUAUAUUAUACAUUGUUUUAGAGAAGGGCUAAGUAACAAAGAUACAUACCAACAAAGAGAGCUUCUAAAAUUAUCUAUCCAAAUUAUGAAUAAUGAACGUAAAACCUCGGUUACUUCUAUACGGAUAUAAUGUAUUAGUGGAAAAGGGACAGAUGCUCCACGUGAACCAUGUUGAGUAAACAUUUGCUGGUUUAGUGUAUCCCUCGGAUGAAAAGUUCAACGCUCCGCAAUAAACCAUUGGCGCGGUUUGUAUGCGAUGUGCUACGUCGUAGCACGUAGCAAGAAAAAAAAACGAAAAGAAUUUUGACCCAAAUUACUGAUAUGAUAUUACUCACAGUUAACUUCGCUCGCGCUACACAGAGAGUAAUGUCAUAUCAAUUUGAAUACAAAACCAGAUUUUUAAAUCUGAAUACGCAUCCUGCGGAAAACACCGCGAAGUAUGAUAACAUUGAUAACAUCAGUGCGUAACCGUUCACAAAUAAACAUUUAUGUUAACGAGAGCGCGACGCACUGAAAUCGGUAUCAAACUGGUAUACUUUCUAAACACUUGAACAGUCUUAACACAUUUAACGCUGAGUUACGGUUGUAGCCGAUAAUGUGGGUUUCCCGGUAUGUAGAAGAAAUGCUUCGUAGAGGCAAAACGACAACGUGUCAUGAUUAACGCUGAAUGUGUUAAGACAUAUGCUACCCUCGUAGCCAAUCCCAGCGUUUUCCCGCUUUGUAGAGUAAAGCUACUACGAACAGAGAACCCGCCGAGCGGGUUCCCGGUACUGAAUGUGUUAAUAGAAAUUUAGGUCUCUGCCCGUCGACCCGGCGCUUAAAUCUUUAUGACGUAUAUGACUAUGUAAAUAAGUUACAUCGUGUUAAAUUUACAACAUUCUAUUUUACUAUCGUAAGUGUUAUUGUAUUGAUACCCUUUUAUUAUGGUAAAGUUCCUCCAUGAACGAGAAUAUCCCGAUUGUAUUUUUAUCCUUACUGUAUUAUUAUUAGCACAGCCACCAUCGAAACUCUUAAAACUUAAGUGUUUACACUUAAACGCCAUCAACAUUGUAUGGAUAUUUCCAAUAAUAGAGACCUCGUUUCAUUGCCCUAAGUGUACAAUAAAGGGUAAUGUACAGAGUGCUCAUUUGAGAUCUAUAUCCUAAAACUUGUACCACUUGUGUCUAAAUUUAUUCAAAAUGAAGCUACUCAGUAGGUAUUAUUUUUAGUCACAAAAAAUACAUUUUUAUUUGCUUGGAUUCUUUCUCUUUCUGCGAGGAACAAUUAGGCCUAUUAAAUUUAUCUUUUAAUUUUAAGUCAUUUCAUGACAUUCCCAUUGCAUUUUCAAAGAAUAGUACAUCAAAAUCGUUUAAGUUUAGAUUAUCUUAGUUAUUUCAAUGUAGGCAAUUUUAUUAUGUUCGCUAAAAAAUUCGUUGAUAGAUAAUACAUAGCAAAUGGCGACUCAAAACCGUGGAUCAUCGAAACUAGUCAAACUUACUUAUAGACCACGAUAAUAAACUUAUAAUGUAUUGUUAAAUAGUUCGAAUAUAAUUAUUGAUCCCUUACAAUAAUGAUUCAUGGUUAGAUUGAUUUAUUUGUAUUUAUUUUAAUGGGUUUUUAAUCAUAAGUAACUAUUGUAUCUUAGACUCAUUACAUCAUAUCCAACUAAACGAGAGGGAUGCAGCUAUAUGUCAGAAAGAGGAGACUAUAUUUCUAUCUUGCACUAAUGUGGCUGGAUCUCUUUCGAUCGGACAGUUGAGGUUAUGUAUUAAAAUCUUAACGUGACGUCUGAUAAGUGAAUCAAAAGUAUAACUUAUACCUAGCUAAAGCUUGACUGUUGUUGAUCUCAAACCUAUGUGUUAUCGUGUAUAUAAUGUAAUCACAUGUUAAAUUUCACAAUCACUUUAUAUCUAUGUAUAGGAGUAAUGAGAGGGCUUCAAGUACAUUAGCUGUGCACCAACACGAAACAAGUAGGAAUAGACGAGGUUCCAAGCGAACAAUAAAUAUAACUAUUGUUAAUAUAGAUUGUACAGCUGACCCCAACAGAUUCACCGUACACAUAUUAUACAAAGAAAUAAAUUUCAGACAUUUUUAAUUCCAACAUUUUUUUACUUCGGUUACUUCUUUAUUAGAAUGGUGUAACGGUGAUUGUUCUGGGGUCAUUCCUAUUAAAAUUAUCAAGGCACGCCAAUACAGCGGUCGGGCCUCAGUAGUAUGACAAUAUGGACAUUCAGCGCUAUUUAUGAAAUUUUGUAAUCGUAAUGGUAUAUUGCAAUAUCUCUAAUAUAAAACAACACUUUGAAAUUAUAGAUGAGACAUUUGUAUUUUCAAGCUGUUUAUGUCCGUGGUCUCUUCUUAUAUUAAAUGGGGACAAUUAUAUCUGUCAACAUUAUUUCAAGUAGAUGUAUUUCUCAAUACCUUUAAAUUAAAUGUACAUGUUGGUAUUGGUGUGUUGAGCAGUUGUAAUAUUACUUGCUGUUUGUUACAAAAUUUAAAAUUAAACUUUGCUGAACUAGAAUUGUAUAAAUGUAACCAAAACUUUAAAAUAUAAUUUAUUGUAAACUUGGUUGAAUCUAAAUUAAAGCAGGGUUUAACUUAUAUUCAUUAACAAGUCAUCUUGCACUGCACAUAAUACCCUAUUUGCUGAUUCCGUUUCCAUGUCAUCAGUAUUGUUAUUGUAGCCCUAAAGACGUAUAUAUAAUUAUAUAUAUAUUAGUAAAAAUUGAUAAACUUGUCAUAUCACUUGCCACUUAAAUAAAAAUCAUUUUUAGUUUAUGUUGCAUUUGUUUACAGUUUUUGUAGAAAUUAUAGAGUUUUGUUAAAAACAUAUUAUAAUUUUAACUAGAGUUUAUAUUAGUAAUGAAUUAUGUAAGCUACAAAGAAUGUCUAUAAUACAUAAUUACAUAGA